AUGUCAACUUCAGAAACAAAAUAUUUACGCGCAAAAUGCUUCAUUUUUGACCUCGAUGGAACUUUAAUUGACACUAUACCGUUAGUGGAGCGAUUUUGGCACCAAUUUGCAUCUCAGAAUGGUUUGGAUGGAGAUAAGAUACUAGCCAGCUCACAUGGUGUACGCACGAUAGAAACUAUAGCAAAGUGGGUUCCUGAAAAAGCAACUCCCGAACAUGUUGCAGACUUAGAAAAGCAAUUGGCUGCAGAGACCGAGGGUAUUAGCGUACUUCCAGGAAUAUCAGCAUUAUUAGAAAAAAUACCUGUUGGUAAAUGGGGUAUUUGCACUGGUGGAAAUGAAUAUAUGGCCAGAAAACGGUUAGAACAGUGUGACAUUGCAGCCCCGCGCGUUAUGAUAUGUGGUGAUAUGGUUUCUCGAGGUAAACCUGACCCCGAAUGCUAUGCACGGGCCAUACGUGAAAUGGGUUUUGAACCAAAUGAGACGAUUGUUUUUGAGGAUGCGCCUGCCGGAACGAAAUCUGCCCACGAUGCCGGUGCUCAGGUCAUUUGUUGCACUACUACUCAUGAGGCAAACCCACUGAAGGAAGCGGGUGCAGAUUGCGUUGUAAGAUUAUUAACGGACGUGGAUAUUUUCAACCUUCCAGAUGGCACGUUCGAAAUUGAAGUGAAAAAUGCCCUCUAA